UAAUGAAAACUGGCAGUUAGUUUUUCAGUGUCCGUUUGACUGCGUGAGCAGAGCACCGGAGGCAGUCAGUCAAUUGAUGGUGGGGUCAGUGGCGAAUCCCAGGCUUCGCAGCCUGCUAUGGUGGCGAAGAUGGGCCAAAAAGGACUGGGCAAUCGCCGCCGUCGGAUUUACCGUUAUCGCCUUCGCUCUCACUCUCCUCUCCAACUCUUGGCGCGACGAACCAGACUCCGAAAUCUCCCGCCCGUUUCUUCCCAACGCCGCCGCCUUCGAUUUCGUUGACUUGACCUUGCUGCGCAACGCCAAAGAUAGAGGCGCCCUUUGUUUGGACGGGACUGCCCCUGGCUACCAUUUCAGGAAGGGAUUCGGAUCCGGCGCCAACAAUUGGCUGCUUCACAUUGAGGGUGGAGGUUGGUGCAAUUCGAUUGAAUCGUGUUCUUGGCGCAAAGGUACUCUACUAGGGUCUUCUAAUUACAUGGAUCGUCGAGUUCCCUUUUCUGGGAUUUUGAGCUCUCAUCCAUCACAAAAUCCUGAAUUCUUUAACUGGAACAAGGUCAAAAUCAGAUACUGUGAUGGCGCGUCCUUCGCUGGCCACCCGGAAAAUGAGCCUAAGAAUGGAUUAGGACCUUUUUUUAGGGGCCAGCUCAUCUGGGAAGCAGUUAUGGAUGAACUCUUGUCAAUUGGCUUGUCAAAAGUGAAACAGGCCCUUCUUUCAGGAUGCUCUGCUGGUGGGUUAGCGACUCUUAUACAUUGUGAUGACUUUCGACAUCUUCUGCCUAAGGAUGCAACUGUCAAAUGUCUUGCUGAUGCAGGUUUUUUCCUUGAUGAGGAAGAUGUUCUCCAGCAUCGGACGAUGAGGUCUUUCUAUAAUGAUGUUGCCAUCCUUCAGGGUUUAUCAAAAAGUUUGAACAAGGAUUGUCUUUCAAGGAUGGAACCAGCUAAGUGUCUCUUUCCUGAAGAAGUUAUUAAACACAUUAAUACCCCAGUGUUUCUUGUCAACCCAGCUUAUGAUUUUUGGCAGGUACAACAUAUCUUGAUACCUGAAGCAGCAGAUCCACAUGACUAUUGGAGAAAGUGUAAACUGAACAUUCACAAUUGCAAUCCCAGCCAGCUUAAAACACUACAUGGUUUCCGUGAUUCUAUGCUGAAAGCACUGACUGAAUUCCAAAAAAAUACGGAAGGAGGAAUGUUUAUAAAUUCAUGUUAUAUUCAUUGCCAGACGUGGAUAACCGAGACAUGGCAUUCACCCACUUCUCCACGAAUAAACAAUAAGACAAUUGCAGAGUCUGUGGGCGACUGGUACUUUGGUCGAAAUGCAGUAAAGCAAAUUGACUGUCCAUUCCCAUGCAAUCCCACCUGCUAUCAUAUGAAUUUCACUGCUUUCUCACGAGGUUGAUUGAACUCAAGAACGCUUCCAACUUUCUGGUAGGUCCAUCUGUAGAAAUUGACAAUGAAGGUGUGUAGCAGAAAAAGGGAAAACGAAAAGAAAAAACGGUUUAUGCAUUGAUAUUACAUUUUCACAUGUUUACAUAGAGAAGAAACACAUCCUCUAAUUUCCAUAUCAACCAGAUGAAAUGUUUUCCUUCAAUGUUGUAGUGAUACUUCUUAAACAGUUUUAUGAUGUUACUAUGUUUGUACCUUGCUUUCUGGAUUCUCAUGCUUGCGUUAGUAGUAACUAUUUUUUUCGUUGCAAUUUUAUGAUUAUAUCCUUUGAUUA